CUUAUCUUUCUACUAGACCAAUGCCAAUGGCUGCUUCUUUUAGUUCUGCAACAAAGCUCACCUCCCUAUCAAUCUUUUUCUUGGCAAUAAUUCUAUUAUUUCUCACAAACUCCUCCAUAUCUGAACCAACAGACCCAACUCCACUCCAUUAUGAUAUAUAACACCAGUGGUACAAAUCAAAUUUUUGAUCUCUGGUAUGAUUAUCCCAAUGGAAGAAACUUCAACAUCAUUCAAAAUCAAUUGGGUGAGCUUCUAUAUGACUUAGAAUGGAACAAUGGCACUAAAUUUGUUUACACUCUUGAUGCCAACAAGAAAUGCCAAACCGUGAAGGUUGGUUUUGGUAUUCUUACACCUGACUGGCUUGAUGGUGCAAAUUAUUUGGGACAACGAAGAAUGGAUGGGUUUCUUUGUAAUGUCUGGGAGAAAGUUGAUUUCAUUUGGUAUUAUGAAGAUGUUGUCACUAAGAGACCUGUUCAUUGGGCUUUCUACACUGGAAUGGAAGGUCAUUUGAUGACGUUUGAGGUUGGAGCUGUGCUGGAAGAUGCAAAAUGGCAAGCGCCUGUUUACUGUUUCGAGUCCGGUGAGCAAGCAGAUGAUAGCUCGCAACUUAACUCUGUAGUUGAUAACAGUGGUCCAGCAGAGGAUCUUUUUAAAAGAAAAAUGUUGAUUCAGGAAUUUUGAGAGUUAGACUGAAGCUUCAAACAAGAGGGACUGAACUGAAUGAUUCUCAUGCCAAAAUGUAGUGUACUUACCUUCUAGCUACUUUGUUUACAUUGGUGUAUGCCACUCUAAGGAGAGGAUUAAAAUGUUUAAUUUUCCUUUCAUCUUCAUGGAAUGAUUCGAGACGGCAGUUUCUGUAAUACGCUUAAAAUGGCAUUCUCAAACAAAAAAAUGGUUGUUAAUCAAGUUUGAUACUCAAACCCUGCCCAGCUAUGUAUUGUCUUGAAAUGUCUGCAAGAUUAUUAUCUACGUUUGCUCUUUCUGCUACUGGCAUUGUUGAUUGUUUGCUUAUGAGGUACACAGUUGUAAACCAAUGCAACC